AUGGCUUCUCAAACACCCAUGGCUUGUGCUGACCACAAGCUUCAGGUCACUGAUAAGAAAGAGGAAGCUGUGAAGCGAGUACAAAGAGCUCAGUGGCUGAGAGCCGCCAUCCUCGGAGCAAACGAUGGGUUGCUUUCAACUACAUCUCUAAUGCUAGGCAUAGGCGCCGCAAAAGAAGAUCAACGUUCAAUUGUCCUCUCCGGACUAGCCGGGGCAAUCGCCGGUGCUUGUAGCAUGGCCGUGGGAGAGUUCGUCUCAGUGUCAACCCAAAGAGACAUCGAAAGCAUAACAGUUAAAGCACCCAACUCAAAACCAACCCAUAAUAAAGAUGAUGAUGGUGCUGACAUCAAGCUUCAGAUCACUACCGGAGCUAGUCUAGCUCUUAUUGGAACUAAGCAACCUGAGGCUAAUUUGUCUGUGUCACCGGUACUGACUCCGUCAAGAAAAAUCCCCGCCGGAAACUUGAUCUCUGAGAGUGAUUACCCAUGUCAUCCAUCAUCGGAAAAAGUCUCAUCUCUGAAGAACUUGGCCACUGUUUUGUCUCCUGCAAGAUCUCCUAUGAUGAAAGUGAUGAUAGCAGAAGCAAGGUCGAAUGGCAUGGAGGAUGAAAAUCAGGAGGAUCACAAAGAAGAUCAUGAGCUUCUUCCAAAUCCAUACAAGGCAGCAGUAGUAUCAGCCAUGGCGUUUUUGUGUGGGUCACUUGUUCCUUUACUAUCAGCCAUGGUGGUUUCUCACAGCACGAUUCGUAUUUUGCUGAUAGUUUUGAUGGCAUCCAUGGCCAUGGCUUUGUUUGGUGGACUUGGAGCGCAUCUUGGUGGUUCACCAGUUAGGGUUUCUGCUGGUAGAGUUCUGGUUGGAGGGUGGAUUUCAAUGGCUAUCACUUAUGGUCUGCUUAAACCCUUAGAUAAGGAUCAUAAAGGUCCAGAUAUGGGUUAACGCUGGUAUUCUUUUGAUUUGGAUUAGAAAAUAAGGGGUGUAACUGUAAUUUUUGUUCAUGC